AUGGUUCUCUUGUUUGGUGGCAUUGCUUGCGCCACGACAUCGCAAACUAAACAGGGUACAAAGAGCCGCCUCGAUUCUAAUAACUGGAGCCGCGAGAAGCAUCCCACAAGCAGCUCUGAACGCAAUGCUGAACUUAAGGCCUCUGUGUCUCAGCUUUGUCAGGCAGGGGAUGCCCUUGCUGCCAGCUCAACACAAAUGAUCAACGCCCAUUGUCGCGACUACAAUGGCAAGAUGUACGAGACUGGGAUGCAUUAUAUGCCCGGUCCAGAUUCGUGUCGUUUGUGCAUAUGUGAUAGUGGUCUGCCGAAGGCCUGUAAAAUGGUCUUGUGUGAGGCAUUUACCAAAUGUAAAUCUUUUCAAACCGUGGGAUCGGGCAAUAACUGCUGUGAGGUGAUUUGUCUCGAUGAUCAGCUAGCCGAUGGUAGUACGGAUUUUGGCGUUUGACUAAUCGUUAGUGGCAUUACUGCCACGCUAUCACUGUCGAUGAUAUUUUUCCUUAUAAAUCGAUUUAGACGCAAAAAAUUGAGGGCACGUGAAAAUCGUCAAACGGCCGAGGAUCAACGUAGCAUUGUGGGGAGUAUAGGUUAUAUUGCUGGCAAUAUGGGUUAUAUGGAGGGCAAUCUCAGUAGCAUGGAUUAUACAUAUGGUGGAGCGGCUCAUUAUCCCUUGUGGAAACCACCAAGUGGCUAUUUUCCACGUGGUGAAGCUCCGCCGCCAUACGAUGAGGCGGUUGCCAUAUCACAGGCUGAGGCCUUAAGUGCCCAAUGUGCAGCAGCUGCGGCGGCAGCUCAGGUAGCUGCCAAUCAAAGAGCCACAAUGGGCAUGAAUUCGGUGGAGUUACAAACGGCCGAUAUGAAUCGAAGAGCCCAACAGCAAAUGCAACAAAUACAACAUCAUGCGCAACCACAGCCGCAGCCAUCGUCACAUGGUCCAAUGAGUCAUCAGACGACGACGGGCCAUAUUGUGCCCACAUUACAGGCUCACGUACUGACGGGGCCAUCACCACAGGGCCAGACGACGGCCACAAAUCCGGCACAAUCACAUCAAAUUACCCAGAGUACCACCAAUUUAAUAAAUAUCAAUAUAAACAGUGGUGGAAAUAUUACCACCAUAGCCACCGGAGAGAACCAUCAACCACCCUAUAGUUUACAAGAUGAAUCGCAGCACCAACAAAUGCAAUUGCAGCAUCAUCAUCACCAACAACAACAGCAGCAGCAACAGCAUCAUCAAGCUCAGCAGCAGCAAAUGUUGGCUGCCACCACUUCGUCCACCACAUGUGUUGGGAAUAAUGCCAACAAUACAAAUCGUUUGCACAUAGCUCAAACCUCCCUAAGUCGACAGCACCAACAACAACAUUCUGGUGGAACAGCAGUACAAACAUUGGUCGGUUCCAACGAUUGUGGUUAUAAAAAUUGCCAUUUGAAUGGAACAACUGUGGGGGGCAACAGUAACAGUGGCAAUACUGUGUCACGACGUCUGCAGCGAACUGCCGCCGACCAACUACCGCCACUACAACAAUAUGUGGUUGAUGUGGAGGUGAAUGUAAGUCAAGGUUCUCAUCGAAGUGGGGGUGGUGGUGGUGGCUAUCAUUCACUGCCACCCUGUUCGUCGAAUGGCAACGGCUCGGAAAAUGGUGAAGUAAUAGCAUCUCCCACCCAAUUUGGCAAUGCUUCACCAUCGCCCUCCUCCCUAACACAGGCCAUUUCAACACCUGCCAUAGAUGUGGAUGGCUCAGCAGCCACCAAUGAUCAUUUGUCAACAUUUUCCACGGCCACAAAUUCGGAAAAUCAUCAUCUACUACCCAUGGCGACAUCGGGUCACAACACUUUGCCUCUACAACAUUCACAAUCUAGUAAAACAUCUAAUGGCGGUGGUGGCGGUUCAAAAACUACCUCCUCCUCGGGAUCUUCAUCGAAACGUUAUCAUCGUACAAUGCCACGUUACUACGCUGUGGCCGAUCCCCUAACACAAAAUCUCACAAAUAGCAAAUCAUCCAAAGCAGAUGCCAAACUCUCGGCUGGCAACUCUUCGGCAAAUAGCAACAUCUCGUCAGCAUCGACAACCUCCUCGUCGAAUGCCUCCAACUCCUCGUCAUCUUCGAAGAAGCCAACCUGUCAAUGCCCCGUACAGCAUGUGCCAAUGUCGUAUAUGGGUUCGACCCAGCUCAGCAAUGCUCAAAAUGCCACCAACAAUGCUUUCUUCACUGUCCUUAGCAACAAAUUGAAUUCUAACUCGUCUGCCUCGAAUUCACCCUCACCCAGUCAACAUUCAUCCACUUCGUCGCGGCUACAAGGAAAUUCGAAUAGCAAUUCUUUGAAUUAUCAAAGAUCGGCAAAGACGACGAACACAACAUCACAAGCAUCGUCAUCACAGCAAACCGAUAACAGUAACAUGAUUGCCAAUUCGGCCAACAACACAAUGAAACGGUCCGGCAACAAUAUGAGCGGGGGAGGAGGUCACUGUAAUUAUGAGGGGAAAAUUGCCACAAUAUCGUCGGGUGAACUUACAACGUCAUCAAACAGUCAACAGCAGCAACAACAUCAUCAUCAUGGUCAUGCCCAUAGUCACAGUCACAACCAUCAUUCGUCAUCGUUAAUGUUGCCACCACCGCAACAUCAUGACGAUUCUUCGCCCAUAGUUUUGGGUCGUGUCACCAAGCGCAGCUCGAGCAGUAGUGGUGAUCGUUUACGCAGUGCCAGUAGUGGCAGUAGCCGGGCAUCGAUGGUUGACAGUACCACCAUAACAUCGCCAGCUGCUGCUGCCUAUUUGAAUAGCAAGGUUGAUGCCUAUUUAAGUUUUGCCCAUGGAUCGGGAGCAGGACACCACCUGAAAGGCUAUAACAAUGAUAUUAUGAAUCCAGCCUUACCACCGAAAUUACACAAAAGUUUAACGAAUUUAAAAACUUCAUCAUCCGCCGCCUCCUCCUCCACGGGCCACAAUAACCACCACCAUCAACAACAACAACAACAGCAACACAACAACACUAAUGUGAUCGCCACAUCAUCAUCAUCGGCUACAACAAAUACUUCACAUCGAAAUAAUACGUCAUCCCACAAAAUGAACGAGGGUGGUGGCGGCUCCUCAUCAGCAAAUUGUUCGAAUACCACAAAUGGUGGCGCCUAUAGUAGUACCCUGAAUCCAUCCUCCACAUCCACAUAUUUGGCAGCAGCUGCAACAGGAGCAUCUUCAACCAACUGUUCCUCUCCCUCCCCCUCCCCCUCCGCUUCCACAACCUCUGUACAAACCAUAUACACACUAAGUAAACCCUCCUCUUCAUCGUUAUCGGCUGCCCUAAUUGGCUUAACCAACAACAACAAUAACACCACAACCACCUGCACACCACCCACACCCUCGAAUCGUCACGCCACAAAGGAUCAUCAUGAUCACAUUAUGAAAAUACAGCCACCAUCAUUGACACUACCAUUGAGUACUACGUCGACCACAUCAUCGUUUACCAGUUCCACAAGUAAAAUUAACUCUUCAACAUUUUAUCCCUUGCAAAACAAUGUCACCUAUACGCUGCCAAAGAAUGUGGGAGGUGGUAAGAUGUCCCUGAACAGUACCAUCAACAGUGUGGUCAGUAAGGUGCCAUCGGUGAUUAGUCUACCGCCAACGGGUAGCUGUGAAUCGAAUAUCACCAAUUAUCAUGGCCAUGGCUAUAGUGGUCUAUUGGGCGGCGCCAACGAUACGGGGGCCUAUAACAGUCAUCAGUAUUUGAAUGAAAUGCAUGGAUCGUCGUCGUCGCCAUCACCAGCAGCAACAUCAGGAUCGUCAUCAUCAUCCUCAAAGAGUACUACACUGCCAAAGAUAUUACGUUCGAAACAGCGUGAUGUACACCAGUCCAGCCUCACUCCCUCGUCGAAUCUCAAUUGUAAUACAUCAUCUAAUGGUGGUGCAGCAGCAGCGUCGUCAUCGUCUACUUCGUCCUCCUCCAACAAUUAUGCGGUUUCGCAAUGUUCUAUGCCAGCUUAUCCCAAACAGUAUACUGCCAAUUCUUCCUCCUCCGCAAAUAACUCCUGUAACUCCUCCGCAAAUGGUGCCUCAUCUACUACUGCCAACAACAGCGAUUCGCAUUCUCAAACCAAACAAUUACCAGUUUGUACCACAUCCAAAAAUUGUCUAAAUCCCAAGGAGCAUUUUCUACCCAACGAUACCAGUUUGGAUGAUGAUUAUCUAAGCGAAUGUGAAAAUUGUAAAAUCGCCCAAAGCUCAAAAUACUAUUUGAAUGCGGAACAAUUGACCAGUGUUGGAGGUGGUCCCCAGGAGACAAUGACGCUACAGCGUAAAUCAUUGGAGGAAUGUAAAGAUGAGCCGGAAACAGGAUAUUAUCGUAUAUCGCAUACAUUGCCAACAAAUUCUAAAAAGAAUGCCCCCGUCAAAACUAAUAAUCGUGAUCAAUGGUUUUCAACUAUACCAGCUGCCAGUUCAUCGUCCGAAGAGGAUAUCAAUGAAUGAGAUUUAACACAUUUUCUUUAGUAUUUAAUAAAGACAUUAGAAAGAAAAUAA